GUUUUAGGAUUUUGCUUCGCCUCGAAAAUCUGGUACGUUUCUAAAACACAAGGAAGCCGGACAAAAGAUUGUAAUUCUCCUGAGAAUUCUUGUAAAUCCUUAGCAGAUGUGUUUUCUCUGGUGGACUGGGGCGACACUAUAUACCUUGACGGAACCAAUACAAAGGAAAACCCCUACGAAUGCUUGACUGUGACGUCACCACAGUUGCGUACCACCUUGAAUAUCAGCAUAUCUUUUAUUGGUCAAAAUGCGCCUGCGUACUUGUCUUGUCCCAAUGGAAUUUCCUUCACUGGAGGACAAGUUCAGGUGCAUUUCUCUGGCUUGGUAUUCUACUCAACACCGAUGUCGUUUUAUCUUUGCUCUAUUUACAUCCAAAAGAGUGUGUUUAAAAAUCCCUUGCUGGGGAUGGCCCUUCUUAAGUUUUACUCAGUUGGAAAUUUAACAAUAUCUCAGAGCGUUUUUCAAGAAAACGCUAUAAUUUCGGUUGAUGAUGGACAUUUCGUCUUGUUAAGCGACAGCCGCCUUCAAAAUAAUACGGAAAUGGCUGCAACAAUAAUCCCUUCUCAAAAGGGAAAAGUUAAAGUAGAUCACUGCGAAUUUAUUAACAGUCAGGGUGGUUUGAAAAUCACUUCAGUCAGGAACUCCUCAGUGUUUCUGUCAAACACUAUUUUUUCUAAGCACACCGUGAAACCGUCGUUUGUUUUAGAACUUGAAUCAACUUCUGAAGCUGUGAUACAAAACGUGACCAUCGAAAAAAGUUUGAUAGUUAGUGACAAUUCUCGAAAAUCCGCCGCUGUUUAUAUCGCUUUAAGUGAAGAGGGCAAUAACACCGUGAAUAUUACUGACUCGGCAUUCAAAGAAAACACCUUUAACGCCGGAGGAGUGGGAGCUAUGAUCAUUGACAAUGGACCCGACCUUAUGAAGUCAAAAGGCUGCAAAAAUUUUUUGUUUAAUGACAGCACCGAAGCUUACUCCGUUUUCAGUUACACAAAUCGAGUACUCGUCACAAAUUGUGCCUUUAACCGAAACUUUGGGAAGUACGCGGGAGCGCUGUUGAUAUUCAACGGCUUGACAAGACUUACAAACUGCACCUUCACGGAUAAUUUUGCAGAAUUUCGCGCGGGACACAUCAGUAUCGGUGAGGGCUCCGGCGGAGCGGAGAUUUACAACUGCACACUUCGACAAAAGGAAGGGAAGACGACUUUUUUAUCUUACGAAAGUAACAAUACUGUAUCCUUCUUGUACAGCGGCACUUUAGGGACUCUGGUUAUGAAAGACACGGUAAUGGAUUUUACACCCUUUCUACAUGAACAGGUUCUGGUAGAAAUUGUCAACGGCGGGCACGUGGCCAUUGAAAACACUUCGUCAAUUCUUUGUCCUGUGGGAAACAGAAUAUCGGUAGACAAUUACUCGCAUGGACUCGUCACCAGAUCCACAGGGUCCGCGGCCAGCUGCGCGUUGGAAGUUAAAAUGUACGGCAUCUAUUGUGAACGUUGUCCGGAUGGUUUUUACAGCUUACAGCGUGGUGUAGCAUACGGUACUCGAGUGAAGGAUGAUAUCAAAUGCCUUCCUUGUCCCUUUGGAGCAGACUGCUCGCGAAAUGUUGAAAGUGAGAAAAACUUUUGGGGAUCUUUAGUGAAACAAAAUCCUCCAACAUUACACUUUUACAUGUGUCCUCCUGGUUAUUGUGAACCGCCAAAGGAUUCGAGUCUCUUGACUUACAAUGGUUGUCAUGGUCACCGCUCUGGUGUUCUUUGCGGAGCAUGCGCUGUGGGAUAUAGCGAGACACUUUUCUCCUCGGAGUGUGCGCUCAAUGAAGAUUGUGGUGACAUAUGGUUCUGGCCAGUGGCGAUUCUCUACAUUCUGUUAAUGGCCAUUUAUUUCGUAAAGAAACCUCCUAUUGUGCCUUUUUUAACAUCACAAAUCUUGUGGUUUAGGAAGACCAAAACGGAAGAAAGUUCGAAAGAGAAAACUUCAGAUAGUAGGGAGAAUAAAGUAAGCGAUGCAGCGUCUACAGAUAAAGGUUAUCAAAAAGUCGUAUUUUAUUUUUAUCAAGCCUCAAGUCUGCUCUUUGGAGGUACCACCAGAGAAUCAAAUAUAGUCCCAUUUCUUUUGGCUAGUUUUAAUUUCCAGGUUCCUACAUCUCCAAGCGGCCUGGGUUGUCCUUUUCCUGGUCUAACAGUCGUCACAAAAGAGCUUUUUAUAAUGUCCGGGUUUUUUAUUCUCCUUCUGAGUGUUUUCUUGAUUCACGGUUUUCAGCGGGUAGUGUCCAGGCUGCGACGCCGGUGUUGUCCAUCCCUCGCAUCUCAUUUAUCCGCAGUCGCGGAAGUGGUUCUCCUUGGAUACGCCUCCUUGACAACCAGCUUGUUAAAGCUCCUCACGGUGCAGCGGAUAGAGCCUGGAGAUGAACUUCGUUUGUUUUAUGAUGGUAACAUUGUUCUAUUCACGUGGUGGCAGUAUAUCUUGCUUGCUUUCGUCACUGCUUUUGUCAUACCAUAUGUAGGACUUCUGUACUGGGGUGCCAAUAAGUUGAAUGUCAAAUGCAUCACGGCUCGAGAGUUUCUUUUUGCGUCCUUCUUCCCUCUUCCUUUCCUCCUCUAUUGGGCUAUCUUUAGAAGGAAGCAAAUUUGUGACAACACCGAAAGCCAGGAGCAGAAUAAAGAACGCGCAGCAGUAAUGAGAGUUCUUUACGGUCCAUUUCGACAGCCAGGCGAUGGACAGAGAGGAAGCCUUCAUUGGGAGAGCGUCCUGAUCAGCCGCCGCCUAAUCCUCAUUCUGUUGUUUACUUUCAUCGGUGAUGCAAGUAUUCGGCUUAUGCUGUCUACAGUGGUUUGUCUCUUUGUGGCCCUUCAUCAUAUCCUGUGGAAUCCUUACAAGGACAGCAAAGCCAACAAAUUAGAAACGGUAUCGCUAAUAACUCUUGUGAUCUUUGGCUUGUUUAACACUGUACACGCUACCUUCAUAACAUCAGGGGUUCGUCACCGGGGUCCAAUUAAAACGUACAUUGACGCGUUAAACUGGAUCCAAGUAUCAAUAUUACUGGUUAUACCGGUGGUACUAAUAAUCGCUGUCAUUUUUGCCAUCGUUUCUCAGUUUGGUCGCUUGGUGUAUGUAUCAGCAAUACUCUUUUGCCAAAUGUUUCAAUCCAGAAAAGGAGGGAGAUCAAAGAGAAAUUCUUUAGAAAGGAACAAUAGGGAGUCGCUGUUUCCUGAUGCUGAAGUGAUCGAGCAGCCCAACAAAGAUUUUGUCCACGAAAUGAUUGAGGGAAGUCCUUUAUCAAGCUCUGAAGAAAUUUGUCAUAAGGAA